AUGUCCAAAGAUAUUAUUGCUGAGAGUGUACAGGACGUAAAGGAAUUGUUCGCUGAAGGCGUUCAAGAUGUAAGAGGAAAAUUUGUGGGGGGUAUCAAUAUGAUGAACAAAGCUACAAACAUUCUCAAAAAGAAGAUUAAAUCAGAGGUCGGAAUUGCCAAAGAAGUAAACAGGAAAGUGAUCAGCAUAUUUACAGGACGAGAAAAAAAUUUGGAACACCCAUCAGCAAUUAAUUUCUCUGAUGAUGAUUUUGACCCUGAAGAAUAUACGGACACGUUGUUUUCAAGAACGGAACACAAGAACAUCGAAAUUAAUUGGCUCUCAGGUCUACAUAUGGAACAAACAAAAGCAAAGGAGAAGCUGAAACAGCUUGUUGCUGAAAAUUAUACUCAAUUUAUUGAGGCUUCAAGAGAGGUUUCCAAUUUUAUGGAUGUCGACUUGAUAGAAAUAGGUAAUUUGGUUAGCACAAUGAAAAACAUGCUGUCUCAAAUAGAAAGUGUUGACUUGUCCCUAGCGGGAAAGAAUUUAAAAUGUUCCUUUACAAGUAUAGAUUUUGAAAAUUUGAGAGAGGUGGAAGACUCUUUGCUUCCACAGCUAGAAUUACUUACUUCUCAACUAAUGUUCACUAAAGCUUAUGAACUGGUUCAGCUUAUUGAAAAGAAGUUAGAAUCCGAUGAAAGGCUAAUAACUGACCUUAGUUACAGAUUAACUCGUCAGCAUUUAACAAAAACUUUUCACAAAAAGAAGCACGAAUUGGGGAACAAAAUUGCUGAUGCUGUAGAGAAUGGUUAUUUCUCACAACAGGAUAUUGCUCUGUUGGAAGUUUUACUCGGUACAGAAACAGCAAUUACAACCUAUUUAGGAGGAAAGAACAUUUUGAUUACAGAGGUUUUACGUAAAACUGAAUGUAGCGGAAACAUAGAAGAUUAUACAACCAGAGCAUCCAAGCACAUCUUCAAAAUUAUCAGAAAAGUUUCCAAAGAAUUUAAGCAAUUGUUUAAAGAAGCAUCAAAUACGUCAUUCCUUAUAGAAUGGUCAUUUAUGGUCCUGGAUCAAUUCAUUUCUACAGUUAAAGUGCAAAUCCUUGGUCCUGCUGAUUUUGAAAUUGCUACAAAAUGUAUCAGCUCAAUCCUAAAACAAGGAGACUUGUUAGAAAAUAAGGGAAUGAUUGUAUCUUUUCAUUUGCAUAAAUUAUUGCUCCCAGAUGUAGAGCAGUUGAUGAGAAAGAGAUGUAUUGAAAUUAGAGAAGAAAUUUCGGCGAUAGCAUCUACUGAACUUUGGCAUCCUUUCACCAUUUCCUCUGAUGAGUUUAUAUGUACCCUUCCCGAACAAGUUUCAAAACUCAAAGUCGGCAAAAGUUGUGUUACAUUCUUUGAACGAUUGAAAUCCUUUCUUGCUCACUGCAGCAUAAUUGUAUCAUCAUAUUCUUUUGAUUUAGUUACUCUUUGCAUAUCAGACCUAUUUGAAACAAUUCUGUCGAAAUUAUAUACUGUUGGAGUUUCGAAGAGAACAAGUGAAAAACAAUUCUUCAUCAUUCUCUCUAGCGUUAAGUUUAUUUUGGGAGGAAUACUAGAAGAAAUAUCAGCCAUGGUUCAAUUGUUGUUCAACCAAAAUUCAUCGGUAGAAGUAACUGUGCUAAAAGAAAAAUUGCACGGAGUCGAUACAAAGCUGCUACGAAAAUAUUGUUCAGUUCUUGCACAGACUGUAGUGAAUGAUAAAAUUGGCUGGAAUUCAUUUUACAAGACGUCUCUAGAAAUUAAUACUGGCGGAAUAACUAAAAACUUUAAACAUGUUCUUCUUUAUUUCUCCAAGCUCGCCACAUAUAUCUCUAACAACUUUGAAGAAAACACCCUAGAAAUUAUGCGUAUGGUUGUAGCAUCAAUGGUUGAACAAAUAGUAGAUCCUGAAAGCAUGAUCGUACAUUGGAUUUCCGAAAUACCAGAAACAAGCGACAAAUGGGUGAAAGUUUUGAAUCAGUUCCUUUUGGACAUUACAUUCUUUAAGAAUGCAAUGAAGAAUUUAGAUUUUUUUGAAACACCAACUGAACAGCAAGUUUGUGCUUUUAUUGAUUCCUUGCGCAGCAAGUGCAACCAACCAGAGAAAAUAAUGAAUGACAAGGUAGUUCAAGAACAAGUGGAAGCUUCAAUCAAGGAUGAUGAACACCUUUCUCGUGCCAUUGCUAUUUGUAAAGACUUACACCACUAA